ACACAAAAGGUUUAAACACAAUAAGUAUCAUUUCUAGUACAAAAAAAAUGAACAAUCUUUCUGGACAAUUCCGCAAGACAACAUGGGAUCCCUUUCUCAUAAUUUCUCAGAUAAUUGCUGUACAGUCUAUCAUGUAUCUUUGCCUUGGAUUCUGGAUUUGGAUUGUUGCAUCGUUGUUGGAGUGGACAAAAUCAUUGGAUUAUGUGUUUCAGUAUAAAGAAAUACAUGUUCGUGACUUCGGAGGACAAUUAAUUAUUGUUAUGUUUGUUCUGAAUGCUUUUGUGGGAGCAUUUGCAUUAUGGUGGCUAGUGCAAAGAACAAAAUUAUGCAUGGACUUUGCAUGUACAGCCCAUUGCAUUCAUUUGAUUUGUUGUUGGGCUUACAAUGGAACUUAUCCAACAUCUUUCAGCUGGUGGUGUUUAAAUCUUGUAUCGUUAAGUAUAAUGUGCGUCUGUGGAGAAUUCCUUUGUAUGAGAACUGAACUACAAGCUAUACCUUUAAGUAUGAAUAGUCAAAAGAUAGCCUUAUGA